GGGCCGGGCCGGGCCGGGGCUGGAGCGGCCAUGGGGAACCUGUUCGGGCGGAAACGGCGGAGCCGCGUCACGGAGCAGGACCGGGCCGUGCUGCAACUGAAGCAGCAGCGGGACAAGCUCCGGCAGUACCAGAAGAGGCUGAGCCUGGGCCUGGAGCGGGAGCGGGCGCUGGCCCGGCAGCUGCUCAAGGAUGGCAAGAAAGAGAAAGCCAUGCUGCUGCUGAAGAAGAAACGAUACCAGGAGCAACUCCUGGAUAAAACAGAGAACCAGAUCAGCAACCUGGAGCGGAUGGUCCAGGACAUUGAAUUCACCCAGAUUGAAAUGAAGGUCAUUGAGGGCCUGAAAAUAGGCAACGAGUGUCUGAACAAAAUGCACCAGGUGAUGUCCAUAGAAGAAGUAGAAAGAAUAAUAGGAGAGACCCAGGAUGCUGUGGAGUACCAGAGGCAAAUAGACGAGCUCCUGGCUGGCAGCCUGACCGAGGAGGAUGAGGAUGCCAUUCUAGAAGAGUUAAAUACCAUCACUCAGGAACAGUUGGAGCUUCCAGAAGUUCCUUCGGAGCCGCUCCCAGAGAAGAUCCCAGAAGCGUCACCCGUCAAGAACAGGCCAAAGCCAGAGCUGGUGGCAGCAUCUUAACUCCCAGAGCUGGGGAUUCCCCCACGAAACUUUCAGCGAGGCCAGUUUGCCCUCCCAGGGUGUGCUGGGAAGAGGCAAUGCCUUGGCAGCAUCCCAGCUGUGCUGGGUGGAUUGUGGAGCGGGAUUCCCUGCGCAGGGCGGGGAGCCCCGGCUGAUUAUUGCUCUUGUAUCAAGAUUAUUUUCUAGUGCUUUUCUUUUUUUGUAACUUAAAUUCUAAACUCACUCAGCUGCGCUGUCUCGGGAUUAAACAGCAACUCUAAAACCUCCAAAGCCAAAUUUUUCUCUGUAGGUUUGAUUUUGGUGGCCAAUCUGCCUUUGCUCUGACUGAAAUCCCAGGAAAUCCCACCCUCGGAGCAAUGCUGUUUGUGCUGGGCUUGGCUGGGCGAGCACAAGCCCUCCAGACCACACUGCUGUCUCUGUCCCUCUCUGUCCCUUCACUCUUCCUCUCCUGACUCUGUCUGUGGAUGGGCUGCCGUGUCCCUUGGCCUGCUGUAGGUUGGGCUGAGCUCCUGCAGGCAGCGACACGUCGUGCUACAGGCUGGAAAUGGUUCUGUCUUGUGUAAAACCAGCUUGAGGGUGUUUAAUUUGGGCCAAGUUCAGCCUGUUUGCUUGGCUCUGCACUUGCUGGCAGCGGUUCUGGUCGGGGAGAGGCCUGAUCUCAUGUGAGGUGAAGAGCUGGCCUUGGUCACGGUUCAGGUCCUGCUCUGGGAGCCCCGCGGUGCUGAGUGAGACUGGGCUGGCAGAAAUCUCUUAAAAUGCCAGCAAGGAGCCUUCUGCCUGUGUUGAGAGCCAGGAUUCCUCCCUCGUUGGCUCUGCUCCAUCGUCGGGAGUUCACCUUUGUGACACUGGGAUGGACUGGGAUGGACUGGGAUGGACUCUGCUCCCGCCGGCAGCUCCUGGGGGACGAUUCCUCGCAGCUCGGAGACAGGAAGGUCAGGCUGGGCUGAACAGGAGGCUCGUGCUGCACCAGACACGAGGCCUGAAGCUUCACAGAUCAACACAACAAAGACUCUGCUCCAGGAGCAGCUCGAGGGAGCCCCGUCCCCUGCAGCCGACCCUGCGGAGGACACUCGGAGCCCGGUUGGAGUGGGGUGACACCAGGUCACACGGAUGAUGAAGGGUCUGGAACACUGCCUGGCCAGGUGGUGGGCAGAUUUAGCUGCUCUUGGAAGCGAGCUCACCUGCCAGCUUGCAGAUGCUCUUCAGGACACUGCAGAUCUUUAUUUAUUGCGUUCUUGAAACCACAACCCUUAAUCUGCGUUUCUGUGACAGCAGAAGAAGGACCGGAGGGUCCUUGGAGACUUUUGGGGAUUGUCAUUGGGUUGUGGGAUCUGGUGCUAGACAACAAGUGAUCCCAGAGACUCUGCUGCUCCCCUGUGGUGUUGGGCCAGCAGCAGCUCUGGGCUGAGUCGUGUUCUCCGUGUCCUUUCCGUUAUGUUCCAAAGACUGGCCAGCACAUCCUCGACCUCCUCGUGUCCUCAAGGCAGUGAGUACCUUGGAGCCACCCUGUUUCCAAUCCCACUGCUCUCUCCUGAUUAAUGUUCCCCAAUAAACCCGGGCCCAGAGCCCUGGGCUCGUGUUUACCAACAGUGCAGUGUCUGUGGAGCUGGGGGGGUUUGGGUGACCCCAGAGCAUGUGCUGUCACCCCAGCCAGUGCUGGAACAGCCAGACCCUGCUCCCAGCCCUCCCGGGGAGAGGCUGAGUCCUGCUCUGCUCCCGGUGGUUGAUUUUCUCUGCUCAGUCCUGGCUGUGCUGCAACGCAGCCUGUUCCCACCAGAGAGAGCCUUGGAUUCACCAGCGCGGGGCUGGCCGAGCAUUUCUGGGCAGCGUUUUCCCUUCAAGGCUCCUGCAGCCCGUUGCCAGCCUGAGUUGUUUAACAUGACCCUAAUGAAUUUGGAUUCAUAGGAAUGAGAGCUGGGCUCUCCCAGGAAGGUCUCCAGGGGAUCUGGCCUGGGAGCAUGGCUCUGGCUGCCGGCGCUUUGGGAAAACCCUGUUCCGUGGGAUUGGCAACGCCACAGGUGAGGGGGGAGAGGGACGAGGAGGGAGGAGGACUGCAGUGCCUCUGCUCUAGUUUGCUUUCUCAUGAACGUCCUGGCAGCAGGAGAGAUGUGAGCCAACCAUCCCUGGGGCCAGGGCCCGGUGGCUGCUCCUGGGUGGAAGCAGGUGCAGAGAGGGAGCAGGGCUGGGGCUGAAGGGGUUAAUGCAGCUCCUUCCAUUCCUUAAUACAGUGAAGAGGCCAUUUACUGAUCUAACAGGAAAGUUUGGAGCAGAUUGGCUGCAGCUUCCUCAGCUAAUCCCUGCCCCAAACAGCUUGUGCUGGGUCUCCUUGGGAGGAGGAGCCGGGAGUGGGCUGUGACCUCUGUGCUGUGCUCUGACAAUAAACUGGUUCUAAUGGUUUCACCAA